AUGAAGUUGAACCUUAGAAACAAAAAUUUUGAAUAUAUUAAGAUCUAAAAUACUUCUUUGGCAGGAGCAAAUUUUGCUCAAUGUAAUUUAAGUGGAUCUGAGUUUAAUAAUGUUAACAUAGUUGGGGUGAAUUUGAAUGGAGCAAUAUUAUUCAAUUGUAAAUGGAUCAACUUGACAAUCAAUAAAUAAAAUAAAUUGGAUGGUCAUACUAAGUCAAUCAACUCAGUCUGUCUUUCUCCUGAUGGAAAUACAUUAGCUUCUGGUAGUAGAGAUGGCUCUAUCCGUCUAUGGGAUAUCAAAAACAAGUAUUGUUCUGAUUUUUUUAACAUCCCUUUGCAGUAAAAGAAUAUUAUUUAAAAUUUAGAUACAUCUAAUAUUAUGGUUUACCCAGACUUAAAUUUUUCAAGGGUUAAGAGAGUUUUUUAUAAACAACCCUUUCUUUUUAAGAGAAUUAUUUGGGUAAAUUAUAAUUUCUUACAAUAACUCUUGAUUAAUUUAAAAACUAACCUAUAUUAGCCCUUAAUUUAAAUUUAUUUUAAUAUUCUUCUGUGUCCAAUAUUUGUUGA